AUGGCAAAAGGCCUAACGCCAGUUACAUACAAUGGCUGGGUAAAAUUUAUAGAUGUUUAUUUGUGUCAGGGAUUGCACAAUCCGCUUGUUUCAAGUACUUUGAUAAUACUAUCUAUCGCGGUCAUAUGGUACAGUCAGUAUCGUCAUACUUUCUCGGAAGGACAGAAUACACUUUCUUUAAUUCCUGACUAUGUACUAGAUAUGCUUUCAGCAAUGAUUAACAUCGCAUUCGUGGUGAGGUUUUGUUUCGCUUACAGUACUAGCUUGAUAGUUGAAAUAAUAUACUUUUUUAUCCAAAAUAUUUGCUGCUAUCAAUUAGUAUUUGGCAAUGACCCAAACGUUUCUUUACUUUUCCUAAACUUGAACGUGUGGUUCCGCAGAUUUAUUUCACUUCAGAUUAUGUGUCCCUAUUUAGUUCUUUUGAUCAAUUCAAUUGAACAUUUUAAAUCACCAAAAGAAGCUCUGCUAUUGAGCUUUUUCAUAGAUGCAAAUAAUAACUUUUUACCAAUUUUGUUGAGCCAUUCAUUCAUAUUCAUUAAUUUCAAUUUUCCACAGCUUGAGAAUCAGGCAUUGAUCAGCAUCUACAAAAUUUCCCAGUUCUCCAUGAAAUUUUAUUGCAUUUACCAAUUCGUUCUAUAUGAAAUAAAUUCAAUAGUUUACAACAUGAAGGGCUUCAAAGAUUAUAGCUGUUACUAUGAUUUUUCCGUACAAAACGAAAACGGCAUCUUCAAACGUCUCAUGAGUUACAAAAACCAUCUAAUUCUUGCUGCUAAUCUCUCGGUAAUAUGUUUUGAUGUCUUAUUAAUUUAUCACUGCGGCGCUUGA